CGCCCCGAGCUUUGCCAGUGUUUGUGAGAGACGACAUGGGCUGCAUAGGAUCCCGAACCAUCACGGCCGACGCGGUGCCUGUGCGGAAAGACGGGGAUCAGUUGUCGAUGGAGGACACGACUUCGAUCCUGCCACGUCUGAAGAGGAAGUCCGCUAACUCUUAUGGCAUCGGGGCGCUGGCUAAGUCCUCUCUGACAGGUGUGUCAGGUGUGACCAGGUCUAUGAAGGAUAAGGUGACCAAGCCCACGGCCAUGGCACAGGGGAGGGUGGCGCACAUGAUAGAAUGGCAGAGCUGGAGCACGCCCUCCGCUGGACCGCUGGGGAAAUCGAACGUCCAGAGAGAAAAGCAGAGACGACUGGAGAACGAUGCCUACAGUGACCUGAGCGAUGGGGAGAAGGAGGCGAGGUUUGCGGCAGGAAUCAUGCAGCAGUUUGCGAUCUCCGAGGCCACUCUGUUUGGCUGGAACUCUCUGGACGGGGAUAGUGUGGGGGCGGAGUCAAACCACGGCAGUGUGGCCCAUCUGAGUGAAGUCAACCAGGAGAGCAUCACCAGCAGAGAUCAGAUCCUGCAUCACUCGUCCGCAGAUGUGUGGCCUCACUCGUACGUGUCCCAGGGCCUGUACUGUCUGUCCUCCUCCGAUGCUUGGGACCCCAUCACCAGCCAGCCUUCAGGCAUGGCCUCCCCCGCAGCCAGCUCCUAUAUCAUGGCCGGAGGAGGCAGUGGAGCGUGUGGGACUCCGGGCGACGGCUUCGAGGGGACGGUCAACAGUUUCCUGGCUCAACAUCAGGCUCAGCUCGUCCUCCAGCAGCAAACGCAGCUCCAACAACUCCAACAGCUGCACCAAUACCAACAACAACAGUUUCUACUACAGCAACUACAGCAGCAACAGAUGCACAGUGCCUCUGCCUCACUGCAGGCCACGCCCAACAGCACCAUCCACAGCCUGGGCCCGCCCACGCACCCGCGCCUCGCUGACCUGUGGGGGGCAGCGCAGGUCGAGCCGCAUCAGGCGGAGAUUGUGGGGCAGCUGAGUGGACAGAUGGUUGAUUUGGUCGGAGGGAUGGUGGAGACCGUUGGAGAGGAGCCAGAGCCAGAGUCUGAGGGAUUCACCGAACCACACGAAGAGGACGAGGAGCUGACCAAGGUGGAGGAGGUGACUUUGGCGUUGGAGCCAGAGCCCUGCUCCUUGACCCCUUCGCCGCUGAGGGAAGACUUGCCUUCAACACGCGGCUCUAGCCCAGGACUUUCCAAUCAGAGCGCAGAGACAGGUGGGACUAUCCAAUCAGAGCGCUCGCCUUUUGAACCUGUGCCGUGUGUCGUCCAAUCGCUGGAGGAGAAGGACGAGGAGGCGGGAGAUGGUUCGAUUGUGGUUGUUGUGACUAACUAACUCAAAAAUACAAACUCAACAAACUCAAUGGAAAUACAUCAAUAACCAAUCAAGGUAUUCUAUUACAAACCUGAAUCCUCCCAAGUAUUUACCACCUGGAGCGAGUGAGAAGGCAUUUUUGUUUUUUCGCUUAAGGAUUAUUGUUGGAUUAUGAGGACAAUACUUUGCUACUGCUGCAAACGAGGAUGUACAAAAAUCUGGACCAAAGAGAAUCGAACCCAUGGACAAAAGACGCAGGUGGAUUCUCAAAAAAUGGACAGAGAAAAUGGACGGGGCCUAUAGUUAUAACUAAAUUCAGUGCAAUACAACUUACAACCACUAUGUACACAACUGGAUGAGAGUCUAACAGCAUCUGCAAAUCACUGUGAGUGCUCAGAC